AUGUGUAAACAAGAAACAAUCAAAUAUUUUCCACAUAUAGAAACAUUAAAUAUUUGGUCACCCACCGACCAAUGUUUUGGGAACAACAUUUAUAAGUCCACCGACAUAGACCCAAUCGAUAAGAUCGACUUCUAUCAAAUUAAUAUUUGGUAUGAGAUGACAUACUCUCGCACGUGUAGAGUGACGCACUCUAAUUGUUCAUUCAAGAGACUUUUAUACACAAGACAAGACACCAUUGUUUGUGGUACAAAUAUACCUGCAAACACUGUCAUCAUCUGUGACAUCUGUUUUCUUGAUUCUCACAUCGAGUCUAUUGUUAUUCCCAAUACAGUCACUUCUAUUGGUAAUCACUCCUUUGAAAAUUGUUCCAAAUUAACUUCUGUGAAGAUUUUGUCUCCUCUUCAGUUCAUUGGAAUUUCGUGUUUUGCGCGCUGCAGUGGGUUGAAGUCGAUAGAACUCCCCGACACAGUCACACACAUGGGAGACGCCACGUUUUAUAACUGCACCAGACUCUCUUCCAUUCGACUUCCAAAUGCACUUCCAACACUCUCAACAAAUUGUUUUGGACUUUGCAAGUGUUUGGAAAGCGUCACAUUCCCACAACAAGUCAAUGCAAUUGGUGAAUUCUGUUUUGGUGAGUGUUUGUCGUUGACAAGUGUGGACAUUCCUCAUUGCACCAAUUUUAAUGAAGAAAAGGCGUUUCACAAAUGCACAAAUUUGACUUCUGUUGAUAUCAGAGGAUGUCUGUCGCAAUUCCAGUCGUCCUGUUUUAAACAUUGCAAUUCAUUAAAAACAGUCAACUUUUCCUCUGCAAUUUGUGACAUUCAAAAUUCUGCGUUUGAGUUGUGUGAAUCGUUGCAAGAAAUCACACUGCCAAGCAAAAUUUCAAAACUCGAGUUCAAGUGUUUUUGCAAUUGUUGUAACAUGAGCAAAAUUGAUAUUCCAAACAGUGUCUCCGUCAUUGAAAGUCGGUGCUUUUGUAAUUGCAUCAAUUUAAAGAAUGUCGUCUUACCACAAAAUAUCACAAGACUGGGCUUGUCGUGUUUUAGUAAAUGUAUAAGUUUAUCAAACAUCAUCGUUCCAACUCAUUUAAAAAUCAUUGGAGAUUACUGCUUUGAAAAGUGCACUUCCCUUGAAAAAGACGUACCAACAACAGUCACACACAUCGGCAUGAACUGUUUCAUUGAUUGCAAAAGUGUUCAUAUUAUAUUAAUAAUAAAUUGUGUUCUCUUGUUUAUUUAUUAUUUCAUUUUAUUAGUUAAUUUUAAUAAAUUAUAA